AUGGCCACGACACUCGUACCAUCAUCACCUGCGACGCCUUCGCCAACAAACUUCGCCGACCUAUCAGAGGACGUGCUCCUACACCUGCUUUCCCGUCCAUCCUACAACCCAAACCGCGAGCUUUCCCCGGAAGACCUCGCGCGGCUCGAGGCGGUUUGCUACGCCCUCCGCCGCCCGCUCCUGCUCCCCCCGAACCGUCGCCACUCCGUCGUCGAGACCGCAGCGCGCGCGCGAUGCCUGCGCCACCCGCUACUUUCGCGCGUGCCCGCGGACCUCCUGCGCGGAAUGGCGGCGCAGCGGUGCGGCGGAAGCUGGCUGCGCGUCCUGCGCUUCGCAUGGGCGGUGGAGGACGCCUGGGGGUUGCGGCGGGAAGCGGAGGAAGAGGCGCUGCGGGAGGAAGCCGGCGCGCGGAACUCCGGCGGGCUGGCGUCAGCGGUUUAUGCGGGCGAUUACUGUUCAUUCCAGAAAAAGACAAACGGCGAGCUGUGGGUGUACGGUUCAGGCUCGCGCGACGGUUCUCCCCAGUUCACCCUUCCGCCAGCGUCAAAUCAACCUCCCCCAGAUCAGCCCGCCCCAGUAGCUGCUGCGGAUCAACCUCCCCCGGAUGAACCUGCCCAGGCGAGAGACGAGAACCAGCCGGCAGGCCAAGGGUGGGCGGCUGCCGCCCUUGCUGCCGGCCUGGCCGCUGUCCGACUAGGAGCCGGGCAAGCCGGCACUGCCGCACAAUCAGGCUCGGAAAGGCCCGACGCUCAGGCGCAGCAGCAGGUGCAGCCGCGGCGGGGAGGGGUGCGGGGCCGGAGGGGAGCUCUGAGAGCGCAAAUCGUGGUGGGGGGAAGCGCGGACGCGGAGGGGAAUGGGUGGAACGGGGGAAGCGGGGGGGAUGAGGGGAAUGGGGUGAGCAGGGAGGAAGCAGAGGGCGGCAUGCGGGAGAGAGUGGCUCAAGUUGCGGGGGGAAGAGCCUUCACUGUGAUACUGACGAAGUCCGGGAACGUUUACACUAUGGGACAGGACACUAACGGGUGCUGUGGGCAUGGGCAGGAGGGGGUGGGUAAGAAAUUUCCCCAGCCGAAAUUAGUGGAGGCUUUAAGAGGCGUGCCAUGUCAGCAGGUCGCGACAGGGAGAAGCCAUGUUCUAGUGCUUUCUAGAGAUGGGACUGUGUAUGCGUUUGGAGCGGGCGGCAACGGCCGGCUGGGUCUGGGAGAUACGGACGACAGAUGCCGGCCGACGGUCGUGGAGGGGCUGCGCCCGGAGGUGCUGGCUGCCAUGCUGGGCGGAUUGACGGGCGGCAGCAGUGGCGAUACAGGCGGCAACAACAACGAAACGGGCGCCGGCAGCAGCAGCAGCGACCCGUAUGGACAGUAUCGCAUAGUGAGUGUAGCAGCGGGCGCGAGUCACUCCCUGGCCGUGACUGCUGCUGGCGUGGUGCUGGCGUUUGGCAGAGGGCACAGCGGACAGUUGGGGGGCGCACAGGGCUGGGGCACGUGGGCAGGGGCCGCGCAGGAGUGGGGGGAUGAGAGGGGGGAAGGGAUGAUGGGAGGCAGAGAACGGGUGGGGCGAGUGCAGGGCCGAGCGGGGGGUGUUUCUAGAGUGCAUGUGGGCAGACGUGCAGGGGGUGGUGCUGCUGCUGUUGGCACCGCUGCAUCCGCACGUGCUGGUGCUGCUACAGCUGCAGCGGUGGCGGCUGCUACAGCUGCAGCGGUGGCGGCUGCUACAGCCGACCUGUCAGACUGCCUGGUGCCGCACCCUAUAGCGUGGCUGGUGCAGUCGGGCGUGCGUGUGAUGAAGGUGGCGGCUUCGGUUGACUACUCCGCUGCUCUCGACUGCCUGGGGAGGGUGAGUGCACGCAUGAGGUGUGAACAGGUGUUAGGAGGUGUGAAGUGGUGUAAACAGGUAUCCUCCACUGCUCUUGACUGCCUGGGAAGGGUGAGUGCACGAAUGAGUGAAGAGGCCUUCUCCGCUGCUCGUACUCCCGUGCACAUGUGGGGGUCGGGCUACUGUGGGUGCUUGGGCAACGGCAGCGAGGCCAAUGAGGUGCUGCCACGUGUCGUGGAGGGGCUGCUGCACACGCGGAUAGUGCAGGUGACGCUGGGCAAGCGCAAGACACUAGCUCUGGACGACCAAGGCCGGGUGCUGGGGUUUGGGUGGACGGCAUUUGGAGGGCUGGGUGUGGCAGCAGGGAGAGACAAGGUGUUUGCCCCCAUGCCAGUCGAGGCUUUGGAGGGAAAGCGAGUGGUGCAGAUCAGCACGGGAGCGUACCACACCGUUGCCUUGUGCCGUGACGGCAGCUGCAUAGGGUUUGGGGACAAUGAGCAGGGACAGCUGGAGCUGCACUGA